AACACAUGUGCUAUGAGCCAUAGCUUCAGUUUAUCGCACAGUCUAGCGAUGUCCCAAGGAUGGUGCCUGGGAGAUUAAGCGGGGACCAGCUCACACUAAUGAAUUGAAGCUGACAACUGCGAGCACAGACCCGGCUAAGAAAAAGCUCCGAAAGCAACCAUGGAGGGUGCUGAAGUCAAGAUAGAAGUGAAAGGGGAAAAGAAGACACAAAACCAGACUCCAGUGAGAAAAUGUGGGAAGCAAGUCUGCAAAGCCAUUUGCUAUAUCACAGGAGACAUGAAAGAGUUUGGAGACUGGCUUCAAGAUAAACCGCUCCCGUUUCAGUUUGUCGACUGGGUCCUGCGAGGGACAUCCCAGGUGAUGUUCGUCAAUAACCCUAUCAGUGGGCUUAUCAUGAUUGUUGGGUUCCUUGUCCAGAAUCGUUGGUGGACGCUCACAGGCUGUUUAGGAACUGUUGUCUCAACGUUAACAGCACUUAUUCUGAGUCAGGACAGAUCAUCCAUAGCAGCGGGACUGCAUGGCUAUAAUGGGGUCCUGGUGGGACUGCUCAUAGCUGUAUUCUCUGACAAGGGAGAUUUCUAUUGGUGGCUUCUACUGCCUGUUGCUCUUGUAUCCAUGACAUGCCCUGUUUUCUCCAGUGCUUUAGGCUCAAUCUUCAUCCUCAUUAAACCUAUAACAUCAGUGCCCAAUAUCACCUGGUCCAACAUUGAUGUGCCAAAGCUGCUACAAUCCAUUCCAGUCGGUGUCGGCCAGGUGUACGGCUGUGAUAACCCCUGGACUGGUGGCAUCUUCCUGAUUGCUUUAUUACUCUCCUCUCCUCUCAUUUGCUUGCAUGCUGCAAUUGGAUCAACAGUGGGGAUGCUGGCAGCACUGAGCCUAGCAGCACCUUUUAGCAAUAUCUAUGCUGGCUUGUGGAAUUACAACAGCUGCCUCGCAUGCAUCGCUAUCGGGGGCAUGUUCUAUGCUCUGACAUGGCAGACCCACCUGCUAGCAAUUGCUUGUGCAUUCUUUUGUGCUUACCUGGGAGCAACUGUGGCCAAUAUGUUUUCUGUGUUUGGAUUACCAUCAUUUACCUGGCCUUUCUGCUUGGCUGCACUCACCUUUCUGUUACUAACCACAAACAACUCCGCCAUCUACAAGUUACCUCUCGCCAAAGCCACUUACCCAGAAGCCAACCGAGUGUAUUACCUCACAAUGAAGAAGCAGUACCGGGUUUACCAUAGCUCCAGUGGUACCAUGGCACCGGGCCCAGACUCAGAAGGGGCCCCGGCCAGCCUGAUCCCCCAGCCAGCUGAGCCAGCCAGGAAAGCUGCACCCGCCCAUGCUCCACCCUCGCCCCACCACUUCCCACCCCUGCUCCGCCCCAACCCCACCCCCACUCCACCCCCUUCCCUGAGCUAUGCAUCAUGGGGGACUGCAGCAGGAGUCAGGCCCACCCUGCACUCACCUGGAGGCCGGGAUGAGGUCUUUAAUAUCAAGGCAUAA